AUGGAUACAAGACAUGCCUUCUUAGGUACUCUAGACCAUCUUCCAGCAGAACUCAUCAGGUCUCUAUGGUUGUUGCAAUACCUUAACGUUUCUAACGAAUCAAACAACAAUUCUACGCCUGCAUCGGAUGUAACCAACCCAACUCUAGUGAGAAAUAGUAGACAUCUUGUCGUUAAAUAUUUGCAUGAUCUUAUCACCCACCAAGAGGAGAAGAUCCGUCUAGAAAAUACUUUUUUACAAACGUUGUUGAAGAAUAGAUCACAUGAAUUGCUUCAAAAAAACAAUCUUAAACAUUCUCAAAAUGGGAAGCAUCCAAUUGGGAAACAUCAGCAUUCUCAUAAUAAACAACCUUUGAAGAAACGUCUCACUGUAAAGAUUACCUUAAACCCUCCUUCUGUGGCACCUGUACUUUCUACCAAAGAAUCAAAAAUCUCCCCCAUUAUUAAUGAUUCAACACCCAUUAUAAAGAAGAAAAGAGGUAGACGACCGAAAUUACAACAACAACAGAUUCUUGAAGAAUCUGUAGUCCCACCUUUAUCACGACUUUCAAACACUCAAAUUCAAUCUCAUAAGUUACGAUCUGUAAAACAAAAGAUAAACCCAAUACCAUCAGAUGAUACGCUAAAGAUAAAUUUAAAUAAUAAAAAGAUAAAAGGUAAAUGGAAAAAAACUUCACAACCAAUAACUCCUACAGAACCAACAUACUGUUAUUGUAAUGAUGUCUCAUAUGGUAAGAUGGUAGCGUGUGAUAAUGAUGAUUGUAAAAUAGAAUGGUUCCAUUAUAAUUGUAUUAAAAAAGAUAUGGCAAGUUCGAAUCCAACAUCAAUUUCCAGUGCAAUAGAUAAUAAUACUCAAGAAAUUAAUUUGAAUAAGAAAUGGUUUUGUUCAAAAGAUUGUGAAACUCAUUAUUAUUCAACUCAUCGAAAACUACGAAAAUAG